CGCCGAGCCCCCGCUGUUGUUCUCUCGCAAGGUUACAGCACGGUGGCGUUUGACGGGCCCCCGAGCUACGGCCACGCUCCCUCGCACCACGCCGCGCAGUUCUCCAACCACUCCUUCAAGCACGAGGACCCCAUCGCCCAGCAGCCUUCCCUAGGAGACCAGCAGUACUCGGUGCCCCCGCCGGUGUACGGCUGCCACACGCCCACGGACAGCUGCACGGGCAGCCAGGCCCUGCUCCUGCGGACCCCCUACAACAGUGACAAUUUAUACCAAAUGACCUCGCAGCUUGAAUGCAUGACAUGGAAUCAAAUGAACUUGGGAUCCACAUUAAAGGGCCAUGCAACAGGAUAUGAAAAUGAGAACCACACUGCUCCUAUGUUAUAUAGCUGUGGAGCCCAAUACAGAAUACACACCCAUGGAGUUUUUAGAGGAAUACAAGAUGUCCGGCGAGUGCCAGGAGUAGCUCCAACUAUUGUCCGAUCAGCAAGUGAGACAAAUGAAAAACGUCCCUUCAUGUGUGCAUACCCUGGCUGUAAUAAGCGAUACUUUAAGUUAUCCCAUUUACAGAUGCACAGCAGAAAGCACACUGGUGAAAAACCAUACCAGUGUGACUUUAAGGACUGUGAGAGAAGAUUUUCCCGUUCAGACCAACUCAAACGACACCAAAGACGACACACAGGUGUGAAACCCUUCCAGUGUAAAACCUGUCAGAGAAAGUUCUCUAGGUCUGAUCAUCUGAAGACUCACACCAGGACUCAUACAGGUGAAAAACCAUUCAGCUGUCGAUGGCCCAGCUGUCAAAAAAAAUUUGCCAGAUCUGAUGAAUUAGUUCGUCAUCACAACAUGCACCAGAGGAACAUGACUAAACUGCAGUUGGCCCUUUAGACAGUUGAAACAAACGAAUAAAUAAAUGGGACUUUAUGAACUACUGCAGACUUUUCAAUCAUCCUUGAUCACAUCUCUAGGAAAGCUACAGCUAUCUUCAUUACCCAUUUGAGACCUAAACCGUAAGAUUCUGUCCAGUUUUCUGACCUAUGGACUUUUAAAAAUGUCCUAUUCAAUAAUGUUAAGUGGUUUUAAUUUGUAACUUUGUUAUGGAAUUACCAAAACUGUUACAGUUUAAAUAUUAAUAUAAACUGUCGUUACUUAUGUAUUUUUUUUUCCUCAAAAAAGUUCUGUUUUUAUUUUUACUUGAACAUUUCAGGUGGAAAGUACUGUGCCUUUUUUCAGUAAUACUGUGUGUUGGGUAUGUGUACAUGUCAAAGACAAGCUUUGUGCUUGCUGCAUUUGUACAUAUGCUGAGGUUUCUAAAUAUUAAUACAACUAUGCACACCCCCAAAAAACAACCAACCAAAAAAACCAAACAAGAAGAAAAAGAAGAAGAAACAAAUGAGGAAAAAUACCUGAGACGUUUUAAAUAAACUUUAUACUUGUGCUGUCUAAAGGCCGGCUUUUAAGAGGUAAACUCUACUUUGACUUUCACAAUCAACUUAAAAAAAAAAAAAGAAUAUGUUUCUAAAGCAGCUAAUGCCAGAUUAACCUGUACCUGUCUGUACAGAAAAAUGAGAAUCUUACAAUUAAGUUAACUUGCUUUUAACUUUAUCAUUGACCCUCAGAAACUGUGUUAUCUGUGUCAAAUACCCUUUUUGUACUGGUUUAAAUUUAUUCCAUCGUGAGAAGCAAAGAUCUCCUUCCAUACAAGACUAAUUCAAUCAUUGUAGACGUUUGGGAUUUGUUUACAAUGUAAAGCCACACUGGUUAUGUGGCUAGUAAGCUGUAUAAACUUAAAACCGAACUUUAAAUGGGGCUGGUCCAGGAUCUCCAUUAACAGAUUACUCUUAAGAUAAGUAACUUAAAAAGACUCUUUGUCAAGUAUAUGUGAAAAAAAGACAUUAUUAGCGUGAGGAAAUAUAUUGUUUCAGGGUUUUGGGAGGAGGGGUUUAUUAUUUACUAUUAAUUGCUUGAAAUUGUGUGUGUAUAUAUAUAUAUAUAUAUAUAUAUAUAUAAAAAUAUAUAUAUAUCUGAUAAUGUAUUGCUCCUUAGACAUCUACAUUAGAAAGUGUAUAAAUAUUAGAUGCAUCACUGUUCUGAUGUUGUUGCUGUUAAAAACCAUUGAUAACACUAAGAAUGUAACCUGCAUUUUUCACUGAGCUUUCAAUUAAAGCCCAUUCAAAGAGAAACAAAUGAGAACCCAGCAGAUGUCUUGUUUCAUGGCUGGUAUUAAAUUUCAAAUGCCUUGUCCAAUAGUAUCCAGGGGUUUCUGUAUAUAAAGGUACCACCAGCACUGAUGACCACUAGUUAACCUGUCCAGGUCUUGACCACAAUUUAUCCACCUCACUGGGGAAUUGUACUGACAACAGAAAACAGUGUCAUGUUUCAUAUUGUUAUAAACCAGUUGCUUCAAGCUUUUUCUUUUACCAGACUGUAAAGUUUUCACUCACAACUUGUAAGUUAUAACUAAAUGAAAUACUUCUGUAAGAAAAAAAUGCUAAAAAAGGAAAUACCAGCUUUCUACAGAAUGACACAGUAAUAGUGAACAUGGAGACAUUUUAGGUUAAGAGGCCAUAGCUUGGAUACCAAGUAAAACUUGAUUUACAGCUGGGGUGGACUAAGUCAGCUCAGCAGGUUGAGAAGUACUCAUUCUAUUCUAGAUGGUGAAGUGUGAAAAGGAAGAUAAAAAACCCUCUGGUUUUGGUCAUCCUGCUUGAUUUACAUUUUGUAAAUAAAUAUGGCCUGAUUUGCAGUCCUCAAACUCAGAUUGUGACCUUUUAACAUUUUUGUAUCUCUUCAAGGAAAAAUAGAUGAUAUAUCUUCCCAGAUGAUUUUUCUCUAAUGUACAGCAACACAGCAAAACUCUUUCCUAUGAUGACUUAAAGUUUCUUUCUCAAACUGCAGCUGCAUCCUCAAGAAAACUCAACAGUUAAUUCUUCAAGUUCUCUUUUUCGCAUGGGUAUUGCAUCAUUGUUAAUUACUGUUGGGGUACUGUGACUCAUUUGUAUCAGUCAGCUUUAUCUUUUGCUGCCAAAAGACAGCAUCUCUCUGGAGAAGCUCAUAACAAGUGUGGCAAACAUCAAAUAUUUGGAGUGAAUGGUGUACAUAAAACUCUGCAGAAUUAAAAAAUAAAACACCUCCA